AUGUCUGACGAAGACGACUUGCUAGCGCGCUUUGCAGCUCUUCGAGCGCCAACUCAUGCUGUCUCAGAUGUACACGAGGGACCUUCGAGUGCGAGUACUAUAGAAGAUUCAGCUCGGAAAGCGAUUGAGGAAGAAGAGGAAUUAGAAAGGAUAGCCAAUGGUCACUUUGAUGGUGGUGUCAAUCUCCGUAAUUGCGACGAGACAGAAGAGGAUGAGUUGAGGAAGAGGAUAAGUAAUUUACGUGGAUCAGAAAAAGCAUUACCAGCAGGAUCAGGAUCAGGAUCAGGAUCAGGAUACCCGAUAUAUGGGGAAAAGGAGGAUAUAGAUAAAGAGAUACAAGAAUACUUGAAUACAUUCGAAAAAUCAUCAGCCGCUUCAGAUGACAGUGAAUCAAAUAACCAACAGCGUGACCUCGGUCAAGAAGCGCGAUCACUACUGCGUGCAGCCAAAGCGUAUCUUCCUGAUAACGGAAAUGGAAAAGAAGGCGAAGAUAAUGAAGAAGAAGCUGACAGUGGAGAUGACGAUGUAGAAGACGAAGAAAAUGAAGAGGAGAUUUUAGUGAAAGCACUGGAAGAAGCUAAGCUGGAUAAAUUACAUGAUCCGGUCGACAAAAAUGUCGAUGAUCAUCAUCAUGAUGAACUUUCAGAAGAACGACCGGAAGAAGUUUCAGAUGAGCUGGAGGGACUGUCAUUCCCUUCUUUACCCACACAUAUACCUCAAGAUACUCAAGACGACGACGACGACGAAGAAGUUGUGGACGUGGACGAGGAAACUAAGAGAAGGUUAAAUGCUUUAAUGGGAUUAUCACCUUCAACUGCGAGACCAGGUCAAAGUCAAGGUCAAGGUCAAGGUAAAACCAGUUCUAAAGAUCUACCAACGCCUAAAAAUUGGAAUUUGCCUGGAUUCGAAAUGAACAGGGAUCAAGAUACGGAUACUUGGUGUUGUAUAUGUAACAAGGACGCUACGUUAGUCUGCUCAGGGUGUGAAGAUGAUUUGUACUGCGAAGAAUGUUGGCGUGAAGGACAUGGUGUUGGACCAGGUCAAGAAAGGGGCCAUAAAGUGAGACGAUUCGUUUAUAAACGAACUGCAGUGGGUGCUGCAUAA